AUGGAUCUGAACCACCUUCUCGCUUGCCUGCUUCUGCUGUUCCUGGGUGCAAGCCACGCUACCACUGACGAAGCUCCUAGCACGCCCCUUUUCUCCUCUCCUUCCCCUCUCCCCACCACCUGGUCCUCCACGCCACAAACAUCCCCCGAAUCCACGCAAGGUCCCACAUCAGACGCCACUGACGUGACAUCUUCGCCCAAACCUUCUCUGACGCAGCAGGACCAGGACCACAAGGAGCCCUCGGUCUCCAGCCCACAGACAGAGAAACCCAGACUUCCCCAAGAGAAGAUGGAGGCUGCUCCUUUCAAGUUUCCUGAGGCUGACAUCGAGGAGUCUGGCGGAAGUCAGCAAUGGGAGACUGCAGCUCAGGGAGUGGCCAUUAUGCUGAUGAAACCCAAAGGUGAAGGUGCUUCUCCUGGGCUUUCAGGAAGGGCUGUGAAUCAUGGGUAGAAUGUCUGCUUUGCAAGCAGAAGGCCUCAGGUUCAAUCCUUGGCCUUGCCAGGUAGGGCUGGAGGACGAGGCAUCUUCCUAUGCCUGUGUGGGGUUUUGUGGAGGGAUUAGGUAAAGGGACCCCUGACCAUUAGGUCCAGUCGUGGCCGACUCUGGGGUUGCGGCACUCAUCUCGCUUUACUGGCCGAGGGAGCCGGCGUACAGCUUCUGGGUCAUGUGGCCAGCAUGACUAAGCCGCUUCUGGCGAACCAGAGCAGUGCAUGGAAACGCCGUUUACCUUCCUGCCAGAGCGGUACCCAUUUAUCUAAUUGCACUUUGAUGUGAUUUCAAACUGCUAGGUUGGCAGGAACUGGGACCAAGCAACGGGAGCUCACCCCGUUGCGGGGAUUCGAACCGCCAACCUUCUGAUCGGCAAGCCCAAGAGGCUCAGUGGUUUAACCCACAGCGCCACCCGCGUCCCUGUUUGUGGAGGGAUUAGUUGAUUGCAAUUCCAAUCCUGGAUUCUCCAGAAGGGCGCUGGGGUCGAGUAGCUCACAGACCAGUAUGAAACCAUGGACCUGGGAGAACUUGUGGCUAUUGGGUGACCCUAAGCAAGCUGCCAUCUAUCAGCCUCAGUUGCUAUAUCUGUAAAAUUGGGGUUAGAAUGGGCUAGACCCAGACUCAGGCCCCAUCCGCACUAUGCAUUUAAAGCUGCAUCAUACCACUUUAAACAGUCAUGGCUUCCUCCAGUGAAUCCUGGGAGCUGCAGUUUGUUAAGCAUCCUGAGAGGAGACCCCUAUUCCCCUCAGAGAGCUACAAUUGUAUGAGUUCCCUGGGAGGAGGGAUUGACUGUUCAACGCUCUGGGAACUGUAGCACUGUAAGGGGAAUAGGGGUCUCCUGACAACUCUCAGCAGCCUUAACAAACUACAGUUCCCAGGAUUCUCUGGGGGAAGCCAUGACUGUUUCAGGCGGCAUGAUACUGCUUUAAAUGUAGAUGAGGCCUAGCUUGGCUGCUCACAUGUAGCCCAAAUGAAGUGCAUUGUCAAGAAAGUGGACAAACGAGGAUACAGGUUUGCAUAAAAACUGCACACGCCUGCUAACUUAUAUGGAUAGACGCAGGAUAGAUGCAGUAUUAGAAAUAAUUGCUAUUAUUUAAAUAGAAAUGCAGUACAUCUGGGUCAGUGCGCCUGGCUGUUAACCAGAAGGUUGGUAGUUUGAGCCCACCCAGGGAUGGCUGUGGGCAGGGUUCCUGCAUUGCAGGGGUUGGACUAGAUGUCCCUGGGGGGUCCCUUUCAACUCUAUGGAUCUAUGAAUCUCACCAUAGUCGAGAAGGUGACCUGGGUGACUGCCUGCUCAGCUUGCUUACUGAGUGCUAACUGUUAACUGGCAAUUUCAAGGCAACUUAUUGUCUUCCAGUCUUAAACUUGACCUGGAUGAGACAACCCUUCAAACAGACAAAGGGAUGGGGAACUUUCUGCUUGUGGGCCUAGCAAGACUCCGCAUGGGUCUCAGCUUGGCCCAUGGGGCCAUUUCCAUGUCACACCCUCCUGAUUGUUCCUUGACACGGGAGGCUUGCUAGGACUGGCUCCUCUAUUUCAUAGAUGUAUUAUGUUUGAUGUAUUAUAGUAUUUUAAUAUUUUUUUGGAAGCUGCCCAGAGUGGCUGGGGAAGCCCAGCCAGAUGGGCGGGGUAUAAAUAAUAAAUUAUUAUUAUUAUUAUUAUUAUUAUUAUUAUUAUUACCUUAGAAGGGAGGACUGUGUUUCGUAAAGUAAGAGACAUGUCCAUGCUUUCCACGAAGCUCUCUGUGUGGGCUAGGGAUGAGAAAGCUCUUUUCAUUCCAGUUUCUCUCCGUUUCUCAUUUUCCCAGUCUUAAAUUCAGUUCUCCACAUUUUGCAGGCAUUUGUGUGUGUGUGUGAGUGUUUUUAAUGAAAAAUCCUUACGAAAAUUCAUCAGCUUUUUAGUGCAAUUUUUCUUUCUGAGAAACACAUUUUUAUAUGCAGCUUUGACUAACAUACGCGUUUUUGCAAAGCAAUUCCCCCAGGUAUAAUGCAUUUUGUGCUUUCCCCGCCCCACUAACACCUUCAUUUUCAGGGAUGCUUCACACACACACACACACACACACACACACACACACACUGCUGCAAACUUGGAAGACUGCAUUACAAAAUUGCGAGAAGUGCUAACUUCUGAGGAGAGCUGCAUUUUGGUUUGUGUAUUGUUCCAUAAAGUGAGGACUUGAUAGGUUUGGCUUUGAAUGUGGAUGGGACCUCUCCUCCACCCCUGGUGUGGACCACGUGAUAUCAUUCUUCCUUCUUACACAGGGCAACUGUCAGCUGGGGAAGCCCACACCGCAGCUAGCCACGCCAUGGGGCUUUUUCUCGCUGGCUGCGGCCUGCUGCUCUGCCUCUUCAUCGGGGUCUACUGCGCCUACAGCCGAGGAUCCAAGAAAGAACCGUUUUCCCACCAUCGCUUGUAUGAGGACGGAUUUGAUGACCCUGGUAAGCGAUGGGUGGUCUUUGGGAAGGAGAGUGAGUGGGACCCGGUGGGCUAGAAUUGAGAAAAACAGUGCAGACGGCUGGACUAUGCUUUGAUACCAGCCGCCUGUCUGCACCGUUGAAAGGGAAAGAUCAGGCUGGAGAACCUGUGAUUGGACUGCAGUCCCCAUCAUCCUUGGCUAUUGGCUGUGCUGGUGGGGGCUGAUGGGACUUGGAGUCCGAGAACAUCUCACGGUUCUUCACAGCUGGGGAAGAUCAUCACUGGUUACCCCUGCAUACCCUCCAACAUCUUGCAGACCAAAAUUGGGAUGCAAAGAUGAGCAGGGUGGUUUAACCUACAAACAAUUGUAAGGUAAAUAAGUAAAAGGAAACAACAAAUAGACCACCAGUUACAAUAACUGAAUAAGAUGAUGACCUGAGUAGUAAAAGCCUUGAGAAAUGAAACACGUUGAUGUGGGUGUCAAGUGAGCCUCCCUAGGGAGAAAAUUGCCUAAAUAAGGGGCCACCACUGAAAAGACCAUUUCCCCCCAGUUGCAGCUAACAGGUGUUGAAAAAGAUUUUUUCUUUUGCCAGUCAGCCAAUACCAGGCAAAACAGAUUGACUCAGUGAAAAGCAACUUCAAGUGGCACCUGACAUGGUCAUGUGAUGCAAUGGUCCAUGGAUGGGUUAAUUUCUUACUCCGCUCCCCCCCCCCCAUUUUCUUCCCAGCCCUCUUCCUGGACAGCCCAAAGGAUUACGACUGGUUCUUCUACGAGACUGACGGUUACGUCUACCCAACGGCCUCCCAAGCCCAGACUCAGCCAAUCCAGACCCUCUCAAUCCCAGCUCUCAAGCAACCGCCCCCUGCUCUUGAUGGGUCGCCAGGGAAGCUGGCGUCUUCCGAGGUGGGACAAGACUCCAAGCAGCCCCAAGCAAGCCCUGUGAAGCUGGAGUGCCUGUCCCCAGCCAACCUGCGCACUGGGAACUUCAUCUGA